AGCAGUGAGACCGACAGAGAGACAAGAGACCGACACACACGGCGGAACAAGCAUAGGGGCUCGCAGGUGGCGGCUUGAUUGUGCGAACACACACGAACGAUGUUGUCCCUGGCCAAGAGGAUUCGCGAGACUGUGACUCCAGCGAGAAGGACGUCAGCGUUCCUGAGCCAGGGGGUACUUACCCCCGAGGAGUUCAUCGAGGCCGGCGAGCAGCUAGUGUUCAAGUGCCCAACCUGGACAUGGGAGGCCGGGGACCCGUCCAAGGCGAAGGACUGUUUGCCCGACAAGAGCCGACAGUUUCUCGUUACAAGAAACGUACCGUGUCACAGGAGAGCGAAGGACCUCGAGGGGGAGUACGUUGGAGACACGGAGGUGAUGCUUAGAGACGGAGCGGGAGAUGACGGCAUCGGCUCCGGCGAAGGGGGCUCAGCAGAAUCAGCGGGAGGAGCAGGGGGGGGUAUAUCUGACGAUGCUUGGGUGGAGCCCAAUGUGGUGGCCGAUCCCUCGAGAGGAGGGAGGUAUGGGCCGGGCGGGGGCGACGAUGACGAUGAGGAGGAGUUGCAGCUGGGGGGUGGGGCGAGGCGGUUNGGGGGGGGGAGCGACGGAUCGAGGUACGGCGGGUGUUGUACUGCUGGGUGGGAGUGA